AGUAAUUAUAUUGGUUGUUUCAUGUUUAGUCUUUUUCCUAAAGAUUCUAUUCAAAGAAAUAUUUUUAUUCCCAAUUGUUGCAUGUUUUUAAUAGAAUAUUCUGAAAAUUACUAGUCUUCUAGACUCAAGAGUGUUUAGAAUCAGAGUAGAAAAAACAGGAAGAAACAACAUGAUUUCAGAUUAUGUCAGGAUAAUAGAAGAAAAACAUCCUUCAUUGAAGCAGAUAUAUAUAGUUUUGAUCUUGUCUACAGAUGGCUUGGGAAGAUGUAAAAAAUGAGAUGGUUGGAGAAAAGGGAUUGGCACCAGAAAUUGCAGAUCAAAUUGGUGGAUAUGUAAGGCUCCAUGGUGGACUCAGUUUAAUUGAACAAUUGCUCCAAGAUCCAAAGCUGUCACAAAAUAAACUAGCUCGGGAAGGGCUUGAGGAAGUAAAACAGCUAUUCAAAUAUUUGGAUAUUUUUGGCAUUUCAGAUCAGUUUUCCUUUGAUCUAAGUCUGGCUCGUGGUUUGGAUUACUACACUGGAGUAAUAUAUGAGGCUAUCCUUCUCAAGGAACCAAAUGAUCCUGUAGAGGAGUCUGUUGGUGUUGGCAGUGUUGCUGGAGGUGGCCGUUAUGAUGGGCUAGUAGGGAUGUUUGAUCCCAAGGGUCGGAAAGUGCCUUGUGUUGGAGUCAGCAUUGGCAUUGAACGAGUCUUUUCCAUUAUGGAACAAAAAAUGGAG